AUGGACCAAUUGAAGGGCGAUUUUUGUGUACCGAGAACGCGUCCAUCCACAUCUUCUGCGGACAAUAGACUAGACAACAAAUUAUUGGGUUGGAGAAUAAUUUUUAGGCUUAGAAAUGGAAUACUCAGAAGGCAAAAAAAACAUUUUCGACACCUGCUCUUCUUUGCUUUUCAUCGAGGUCAAAAAGUUGCCGAAGCAGCUCGGGACAUUUGCGACGGGUAUGGAGAAGGUGUCAUAAGCGAGUCUACAGCACGAAAAUGGUUUGCAAAAUUCAAAAAUGGCGACUUUAACGUCGAUGACAUGCCCCGCAGCGGAAGGCCUUCUGAAUUCGAUGAAGAACGUCUCAAAUCACUUUUGAAGGAGAACGGUCGCCAAACCAGUCGUGAAGUGGGGGAAAAAAUGAACUGCGAUCAUAAAACGAUUCCUAAUCACCUUCAUUCAAUUGGAUUUACCAAAAAAUUAGAAACCUGGAUGCCUCACGAGCUCAACGAAAACAACAAAGAAAGUCGCCUUCAAAUUUCUUCUCAGCAUCUUGCCCGCCAUCGAGCAACACAUGGUCAUAAACAGCGCUUUUUGUACCGAAUCGUCACGGGAGAUGAGAAAUGGUGCCUAUAUAUCAAUAUGAAGCAAAGAAAGGAGUGGGUGGCUCCAGGAGAUACGCCAAAGCCGAGAGUCAAGCCCCAUGUUACACAAGUCGUCAAAGCCGCACUCCAAGAGCUCGAAUGGGAGGUACUUCAGCAUCCACCGUAUUCUCCGGACCUUGCUUCGACCGAUUACCAUCUUUUCCGAUGCCUGUCAAACCAUAUGAAGGGCGUUACCUUUGAUAACAAAGAGGUCCUUAAAAACUGGCUCAACAACUUCUUUGACACCAGACCAGGCGAUUUUUGGCGGAACUGCAUCAACAAAUUGAUCGAGAGAUGGAAAGAG